GAGCCAGAACAAGGAGUAGAGAAAAUGGCCGGAGCCGGCGAAGGUGGUGAUGAGCUGAAGCUGCUCGGCAACUUGACGAGCCCAUUUGUUCUGAGAGUGAAGCUCGCACUCAGCUUCAAGGGCCUGAGCUACGAGUACAUCGCAGAGGACCUCCAAAACAAGAGCAACCUUCUCCUCAGCUCCAACCCAGUGCACAAGAAGGUUCCCGUGCUCAUCCACAAGGGUGAGCCUAUUUGCGAGUCACAGGUUAUCGUGCAGUACAUCGACGAGGCCUUCCAAGGCACCGACGGUCCCUCCCUCCUUCCUGCCGACCCAUACGAACGUGCUGUUGCUCGCUUCUGGGCCGCCUAUGUCUUCGACAAGCUCCUGCCCGCGUGGUUGCAGUCAUUCAUGGGCAAGACGGAUGAGGAGAAGGCGGAGGGACUGAAGCAGACGUUUGCGGCGGUGGACCAACUGGAGGCAGCCUUCAAGGAGUGCUCCAAGGGUAAGCCCUUCUUCGGCGGCGACAGCGUUGGGCACAUGGACGUCGCGCUAGGCAGCCUGGUCCCGUGGGGGGUGUACGCCGGCGAGAAGCUCUAUGGCUUCAGGCUCUUCGACGCCGCGAGGAGCCCGCUGCUGAACGCGUGGUUGGAGAGGUUCGCCGCGCUCGACGCGGCCAAGGCGGUGCUGCCAGACGCCGACAGGCUGGUCGAUUACGCCAAGAUGAAGCGGGCCGAGGCAGAGGCAGCAGCUGCUGCCGCCGCCUCAUCGAACAACUAAUAAACUGGCUCGGCAACGUUACCAACUUUGGUCUUUGGGUCGGAAAAAGAUUCAGAUAUCUCUGAAGAAUAUAAAAUUUUGGUGUCUGUGUCAGUGAUGAGAAAUAAAGAAGUUUUGAGCCUGUCUACGUCGCUUUCUAGCCAUUUUACGUCGUCGCCUAGCAGCUGGGACUUGGCACAUGCAGUUUGUACGUUUA